GUGAAAGUGACGCGCUUCUGUCAGAAACAGAGCUUAGCUGAAGUGAAACAGGGAGAGAGAGAGAACCAGGCUCAUUCAAUUUCUGCUUGUCUGCCAUCCGGUUAACUACCGUACUGUCCUGACUGAGGUUCUGUGAUCUGGCGUUUCUUGCAGGUCGAUCGGUGGGACUACAAAAAAAGAUCUCGGAAGAUUCUCAUCUUGGACAUUUGGGAUUGUCAGGUCCUGAUCAAAAUCUCACCUUAAUCUGAAUCGCAACAGGUAACCUGCUUUGCACUCGCACAACUCUGCAACUUCGGCCUGUGGUUUGGAAGAUGCUAAUAGCUUAUGCAAAUUGGAUACAAAUCUAACUGAGGACUCCCAUAUCCAACUCUUAUUAUUGUUUUUCCUAUUCUUUUGAACUUUUGGAAGAGUUUGAAUUCUAAGUAUAACUGAGCAAACAGCUGUGACUGUUAGGUGGUCUCAGGUGAGGGGGCCGGGACAACAAUUAGGUGUUUUUUAAAAGGGUCGGGCUCAAAGAGAGCCACGGUGGAGGACGACCCGCUGGAUUUCACUGAUAUGGACGGGCACGGGUAUGACCGCUAUGCGGAUGGGGACAGGGACAGCUACCAGAUUGAUUACCGGCGUAUCGUGGGGGACAUGGAGCCCGCCAGGCCGCGGAUGUCAUUACGAGACUCGGAUCAUCACUUUCACGGCCCGUUUACCCAUAAUACACUACACGGGCAUGGGCAUGGGCACGAGACGGCUGCCCAGCGCUACAGUGCCACCCGGAUACAGGCAGGAUAUGAACCAGAAAGCAUGGCUGAUUACCUUAUCAGUGGGGGAACUGGGUACGUUCCCGAGGAUGGACUCACUGCCCAGCAGCUUUUUGCCAUCGGAGAUGGUCUCACAUAUAAUGAUUUCCUGAUACUGCCCGGCUUUAUUGACUUCACAUCCGAUGAAGUGGAUUUAACCUCUGCCCUGACCAGGAAGAUAACCCUGAAGACGCCGCUCAUUUCCUCUCCCAUGGACACAGUCACAGAGUCCUCCAUGGCCAUCGCUAUGGCUCUCAUGGGUGGAAUAGGAAUUAUCCAUCACAACUGCACACCUGAGUUCCAGGCCAACGAGGUUCGCAAAGUCAAGAAAUUUGAGCAGGGCUUCAUUACGGACCCUGUAGUGAUGAGUCCACGGCACACGGUCGGCGAUGUGUUUGAAGCAAAGGUCCGGCACGGUUUCUCCGGCAUCCCGGUCACAGAAACCGGCAAGAUGGGCAGCAAGCUGGUGGGCAUCGUUACAUCACGAGACAUCGACUUCCUGUCAGAGAAAGAUUACGACAGGCCGCUGGAAGAGGCAAUGACAAAACGAGAAGAUUUAGUGGUUGCGCCAGCAGGUGUGACGUUAAAGGAGGCGAAUGACAUCUUACAGCGCAGUAAAAAAGGUAAACUGCCUAUAGUGAAUGACAGCGAUGAGCUUGUAGCUAUAAUAGCUCGUACCGAUUUGAAGAAGAACAGAGACUAUCCUCUAGCCUCCAAAGACUCUCGCAAACAGCUGCUGUGUGGCGCAGCCAUCGGCACCCGAGAGGACGACAAGUACCGCCUAGACCUGCUCAUGCAGGCCGGAGUGGACGUGAUAGUUCUGGACUCUUCUCAGGGGAACUCAGUGUUUCAGAUCAGUAUGAUCAACUACAUCAAACAGAAAUACCCUGAACUGCAAGUAGUGGGAGGAAACGUGGUGACUGCCGCUCAAGCAAAGAAUCUUAUAGAUGCUGGUGUUGAUGCUUUGCGGGUGGGCAUGGGCUGUGGAUCCAUCUGCAUCACACAGGAAGUGAUGGCAUGUGGGAGACCGCAGGGCACGUCUGUGUAUAAAGUGGCUGAAUACGCCCGGCGUUUCGGGGUUCCGGUCAUUGCAGACGGUGGCAUCCAGACGGUUGGGCACGUUGUCAAAGCCCUUGCACUGGGAGCAUCCACAGUGAUGAUGGGGUCAUUGCUAGCAGCAACCACAGAAGCACCCGGUGAGUAUUUCUUCUCAGACGGCGUACGACUGAAGAAGUACCGUGGCAUGGGCUCUUUGGACGCCAUGGAGAAAAACAACAACAGUCAGAAACGUUACUUCAGUGAAGGUGAUAAAGUGAAGGUGGCUCAGGGAGUCUCUGGCUCAGUUCAGGAUAAAGGCUCGAUACACAAGUUUGUUCCUUACCUCAUCGCUGGAAUUCAACAUGGCUGUCAGGACAUCGGUGCAAAGAGCUUGUCCAUUUUGCGAUCGAUGAUGUACUCUGGAGAGCUGAAGUUUGAGAAGAGGACCAUGUCUGCACAGGUUGAGGGCGGAGUUCAUGGACUGCAUUCUUCAUCCCAGAGACCCUCAGUCCAUCCCUUCGUACAAUGUCAUGGAAAAGUAGAGUUUACAUGUGAAAAUGUCUUCUCUUCCUUUCUCUUAUGCUGUCAUCAUAGAUAUUCUUUUGUGCCAUUUACGAGAAGCGGUUAUACUGAACCGGGCAGCAGAGGGCACGCAAGAGCUGGACCCAACGUCCCGUCACCAGCCGUCACUAAACACAGCAGCUAAAAGUGAUUUCUGCUAUCCUCAACACCUUUAUCCUUUUUCCUGGUGGUUCUUGAGUCUAGAUAAACAUUACAAAUGAAAAAAAACUUUCAGUUAGCAACAGUACUGAAUGUACUAUGGACUUUCUUAUUUUGAUUGUGGAUUUUGUUCGGGCUUCCCUGUAAGAAAUUAGACUUGGUACUAGAGAUACUAUUUUCAAAAUCCUAUGAAUGUACUGCAUCAUCUGAAAUAUGAUGAUGCUACGUGUGUAUGUAAGAAAGAGAGUGUAUGGGGUAUGCUGGUUCAUUCUAAUUCAGAUUGUCUGUUAUUUUAAUUUUAAUAGCAAUAACAUUUUUGUGUCCAUCGUGGUAUAGGAGGAAAUCAUGUGCAUACCACAUUGCCAUUAGAGUGUUAUAAGUUAAAUUUUAAUUUUAUCUACGAAAUGCAUUUGUUUUCUUUACUUCUUUCCACUAGGGCAAGUUUGCAGGCUGCUUGUGUCACUAUGCUUUUCAGAUUAUCCAGAGAGCACUAGAAUGAUGUUACUUUAUGGACCAAAUUAUGAGUAUCAGCCUUAAAAUCAGGUAUUCUGUACUGUUACUCGCCUUACACUAGUCAAUAAUGUACACAGACAUUAGAGACGCUCAUUUCUUAAAGUUUAUUUCACAGUUUCACACACUUGCAUCAUUUAACUUAGAAGCAUUUACAUAUAUAAAAUAUUUACAGUAUAAAAAAAGGUCAGAGGUGAAAGACAGUCAAAAGCAUUUGCUGUAACAGUGACACUUUGGGCUCCACUUGAUAGUUUGCAAAGACUGUUGUGUUGUCAUUCUGAAUAUAAUACACUUUAUAGAAUAAAGAAUGAGUUUUAUA